AUGAGUAAAUAUGUUCAACCAGCACAAAAUAUUGGUCAAUCACCUAUAUCUCUUUCCAUUGAUGCACUUGAAGAAAUAGUUCGGAAUUGCCAACGUAAUGAAGAACGUUUACAUGAACUUGAACGUCAUACACGUCAUGAACGAAAAAAAGCUGAACGUCUUCUACGUGAAACAUAUCAAACAAUGCAAGAUGGUGAUAGUCGAAAUACUAGUAAUAUUCUAGAAAAUAAAACAAACAAUGAUCAUAGUUAUAUAGAUAAUCAAAAAUCGAAACAACAAUCAUCAAAAGAAUUUUUCGUUACACUCGAUGAUGAAAAUGAAGAAAAUGAACAUCAUUAUCGUCAACAAAGUAAUAAUACUAAUAAUAAUAAUAAUGAUAUUGUACGGCAAAAUAAACAUUUACUUGAAAGAGUCGAAAAAUUACUUGCUGGUGAUGGUACAACAACAUCCAGUGAUAUUAUGUCGUCACAAGAACGACAAAAAAAUAUUAUAGAAAAACCCACAUCACCUGUUGAAGAUGAUCUUGAUGAAAAAUCAUUAAAUAUUGAUCAUAAAAAAUUUUCAGAACCUCGUCAACUUCAAUCAGCUUGUUCAAUUGAACAUGAUCUUUCUACUGUUGAUCAUUUAUUAUCAGAACGAACACCAAUUAAAAAUCAUCGAAUAAAAUCUAAUGUUCAAUUCAAGCAAGAAGAUCAAAUAAAAAAAACUAAUGAUUAUAAUAAUGAAAAAAAGAUUUUAUCAAAUAAACACGAUCAACAAUUUUAUGAACGUUAUUAUAAUUAUAUUGAAACAGAUCGUUCUACUUCUUCUAGACCAGAAAAACAACCAACAACAACAGAUGAUGAAACUUAUCAAUAUGAAUCUCGUCCAAUAUCAAGAAUGAAUAAUAAAGAUGAAGAAUUAUCUGAUUUAGCACGUCGAUGUGAAGAUCUUCUUACACGUUUACAUUCACAACGAAAUCGUGCUGUACUAUUGGAAAAUUCUACUCAUCAUUAUAAUCAUCAUCAACGACAAACUUCACCUCAUCCAUCAAAUUAUGAAUUCAAACGACAUUAUCAUCAUCAUCGAUCUAUAUCACCUUCACCAACACCACCAUCAGCAAUGUCUCUUCAACAAGCUCUUGAACUUCUUCGUCCGGAAUUUAUAUCUCGUUCACGUCAACGUGUACGACGUAUACGUCUUUUACGUGAAGAACGUGAACGUAAUGUUGAAGCUGAUCGUGAACGUCGAAAAAUGCUUCUAUUCUCAUGUACAACUUGUUGUUCAAAUCCAGCAAAACGUGCUGCAUCAGCACCAUCAUCACGUCGUAGUAUUUCAUAUAUUGUUCCAUGUGAUCGAUCGGAUUAUUCACGAAUACCUUUGACGUAUCAUGAAAUGAAAAAAGCAACGAAGAAAAAAUAUGAUCAAUUACCUGAAGUAACCGAUCGUCGACGUCAACAUCAAAUGGAUGAAAUUCGUCGACAAAAUCUUUUACGUGCUAAAGUAUUUCGUGCACGUCUUCGACAACAUGUUGUACGACAUGGUCGAACAAAUAUUGAUGAAUCAUUAACGAUUAUUGAUACAUAA